GUGUCCACAGGGCGCAGCUGUACCAGAGUCUGUGAGAACCGCGUGGUUGUCACAGUGUGACCCGUUUCAUUAUUUACACACGUCCACGGAGCUGUUUGUCACUCAGAGUAAAACAUCGUUGCUUUUGUCGAGCAGAGUGAAGGACGAACUUUUACUUUUCAAGUAAACUAAGAAAGAAAGAAAGAAAGAAAGAAAGAAGCGGGUGGAAUUAAGAGUCUUUCUUCUGUCUGCACGGUUAGGAAGACUUUGCUGGAUUUGUGUGUGAAGACUGGUCCUCCUCCUCAUCCUCCUCCUCCUCCUUCCUCAUCCUUCCAUCAAGGUUAGGAGCCUCAGUGUGACCACCCAUCACCUGCAAACAUGACACGAAGGUCGUGCGCCAUCUAUGCGGUCGGGCUCACCUGCGCUCUGCUGCUGGUCACCGGGAUUGCCUUAUUUGCGGCUCAAACUUUCCGCAACAUCAUGCACAACCGCCUCAAAAAGGAGAUCGUUCUAGUUGAGGGCAGCCGUGUGUUUGAGUCAUGGAAAACCCCUCCCCCUCCCGUGUACAUGGAGUUCUUCUUCUUCAAUUUGACCAAUGUGAACGAGUUCCUUCAGGGAGCCAAGAUGGAGGUCAAGCAGGUUGGACCCUACACAUACAGGGAGUACAGGUACAAGGAGAAUGUGAGCAUGGUGGAAAAUGACACAAUGGUGUCUGCGUACAAUACCAAAAGCUUUGUGUUCCUGAGAGAGAGGUCAGUGGGUGAUCCAGCUGUGGAUAACAUCACCACUGUCGACAUCCCUGCAUGGGCCGUCAUGAACAAAGCGAAAGGCAGCUUCUUGAAGUCCAUGAUGGUGAAUGCUUUAGGGGUUGACCUCUUCUCCACUCACACUGUGCAUGAUUUGCUCUGGGGCUACGAAGAUCGCCUGCUGACCAGCCUCUCUGCCACCUCAUCUGACGUGGAGAAGGUCUUUGGCCUCAUGCACAAGAAAAAUGGAAGCAAUGAUGGGGAAUUUAUCUACCACACUGGGCAGCAGGACUACAUGGACUAUGGGCGGGUCAAGACGUGGAAAGGUCAAAGCAAGCUGACAUUUUGGACGUCUGACCAAAGCAACAGCAUCAAUGGAUCCGAUGGAAGUGCUUUCCAUCCUCUGCUGAACAAGGACGAGCGCAUUUACAUCUUCACCCCAGACCUGUGCAGGUCGAUUUAUAUGGAGUUUGAGAAAGACGUGGAGGUGAAGGGAAUCCCAGCCUACCGCUUCACACCGCCUCGCUCCGUUUUGGCCAGCAAAGAGGAGAAUCCAGCCAAUGAGGGUUUCUGUGUCAGCCCGAAAGAGUGCCUGGGAACCGGCCUUCUCAAAGUCAGCCCCUGUCGGAAAGGCGCACCAGUGGUCGCCUCCUUCCCUCAUUUCUACCUGGCAGAGGAUAAAUAUGUGGAAGCCAUUCAGGGACUGUCCCCACAAAGAGAGCACCACCAAACGUACCUCGACCUUAACCCAACCACAGGCGUGAUCGUACGUGCAAACAAGAGAGCACAGAUAAACGUACUGGUUCAAAAACUUUCUGGAUUCCCGAAAACAAGAGGCCUGAAGGACACAAUAAUCCCAGUUAUGUUCAUCAAUGAGAGUGUGGUGAUCGACGAUGCGUCUGCAGCACGAGUACAGAAGCUGCUUCUGAUUUCCAAUCUAGUGUCCAACUUCCCGCUCAUCAUUGUGGGAUUGGGCGUCAUCCUGCUCUUGGUCCUCGUCAUCCUUCUGGUGCGGGCCCACAGAGAGAAGAGCGAAGUUAAGCGCAUUGUGUUUUCCAAGUCUCACCACGCUACGUCUGCUGAAGAGGACACCUCGUACUCUCCAGUCAACGACAAGGAAAAGGAUGAGCCGCAAAAUGGAACCUUUAUUGGUUUGGCGGAUAAAGCCGACCCUGUCGCUUGAGUGGGAGGAGCCUUGUACAUCGAAUUCAGAAUUACAUAUAGGGAUUGGGGUUGUUCAGAGAGAGAAAAGAAAACUUUCAAUGGUGGGGGGUGGGCAGAGGGAUAAAGGGCACACAAUGUCUAAACAUACAGCUCAGUGCUGUUUAUGGACUUGGAGAGCGACCUGAAGUCCAUGUCUAGGACACAGUAUUCCUUGAUUUAGGGCGUUUGAAGGGCUUCUUCCUGCUGUUUGGUCUUUAUUAGUUGCUGUUUGUGUAAAUGUCUUGACGUCAAGGUGCAGUUCUGGUGGAGAGCACGAGCUGUGUUGGUCCAAAACAAACAACACACCCGCUCUAAAGCGGAGGCGUGGAGGUGAUACAGUUUCAGUGCCUCACCUCGUUCUCUGUUUUGCGAUCAGAACUUGCAGAUUUGAGGGACUGACGUCUAUUUAACAUAGCACAGAGGAUGAUUUGGGGACCAGGGUUAUGAAAUUCACACAUACAGCCAUACAAUCAUGCCUUUUUGACUGACAUUUAAAUCCAAUGUUACUAUAUUUUGUGAGCGUUUCAUCCUAAACUUAACAUAGCAAAAUAAUGUCCAUGUGCCCGAUAACACUUAAGGAUGUGGCCUUUUUUGUGUAUAUAUACACAGUGUGAGAUGUCUUGAAUUUGAAUAUCAGUGGCGCAAACACUGUAUAUUUUGGAUAGUUACUAUUUUGUAAAAUAAAAUGUGCUCGUUUUUGUAAAUUUUAAUGUAGGACUGGUUGAAUGAAGGACAUAUUUCGUCAAAAAUGUUGAUUUAGUGCCGUAACAAGCAAUACUUUUCCACAGCCGUCCAAAUCCCUGAAUGUGAUGGGGAUUUUUUUGUCAAACAGUGUUUUAUAUAUUACUGAAUUCAUGACAGUGUUUAUACUCACUGACAUUGGAAUUCAGCUUUUAAUCAUUUAAAAAUGUGCUUUGAUGAUGCUGUUGUUGACGUAGGUUUGGUGCUGGAAAAUGAGCCCCAAACUUUUUUUUUUUUAUUCAGUGCUGUUGAAAAGACUUGAGCAGAUUUCAUCUUCACUUGUCCAGUCAUGUUUUAAUACAGUAUGAAGGAAUGCUAUUGCUGUGCCUUUAAAACAAUCAAUAUCACUGUGUUACCAAUGCCUUUUAAAGAUUUCAUGUUGGUGUGACAGGAUGAACAAAUCAACUCUGAAGUGCAGAUCGUUGUCUUGCAGCUACCUUUUGUUUUUCUUCCUCUUUUAUUUCAGCUUUUGCAAAAGACUGAAACUGCACUUUGACAACACACAUGUUUCUCACUCAAAGCUGGUGAACACAUGAUACUUCAGGUGCUGUAUGAGGCGAUGUGACAAUGCUGCAGUUGAACUCAAAUGAAACUGUGACACGGCUGGCUGUUUUUUCUGCUUUCAUUCUUAGUUGUAUUAUUUUAUGAAUGCGUUACUUCGGCUGUAAACAAUGGUGGAGAAGCUGUAACAUGUAUCGCUUAUAAACGUUUGCUUUCUUGUGUGAUAUUACUUUUUUGUUUGUAUUUGAUGUAUAGUUUAAUUUAGUUAACAGUACGUACAAUAAUGACAUUUUUUUUUUUUAAAGAACAGAAAUUAAGGUGGAUGGACUGAUGAAUUGGUCAUUUUCUUGAUUUAAAAAGACAAACAAACAGUAUUAGACAAUAUUAUUGUCAUGGUUUAAAUUAUUUUGUUACACCGACAAAACCAAAACACAGAAAGCACAGGCUUGUGCAACUUUUUUUGAGCCAUACUUUGAUACAGAUUGUACUUUUAGACAUGACCAUGAAAGCAUUGUCAGCCUUUUUUGAAGUUUUGACCGUUAAUAAUGUUUGUACCUUGUACACAAAAAUAAAAGUAGUUUCAGUAAA